UGCGACUUGACGUGCUUCCAACUGGAUAACAUCGACAGUGAUUCCGUACUGAUGUCCUAAUCCUGGCAUGUUGGUGAGUUUGAAAGAUGGACACUCUUUCCGCACUGCCAUGACAUACCGGUUGAUGUAUUGCAACUGGUAACACGUGGGACGUAAGCAGGGGAAGAUAUUCGAUGAUGUGGUGUGAGAACGAACCAAAUUAUGGGUUUCUCUAUAAAACUUCGUUGUCAGAUCCUAGAUAGUGGGUGAUCGAGUCUAGGAAACAUGGAAUUAACAGACGUUCACACCAGACACAUGGCCGUGUGUGUGUACAUGUUGUUUCACCUGUCUCAGACGACGGCUCGUGAGCACGUGCACAACAUAGGUUUUUUGUCAGGUGAGGAUGACGUCAAGGUAAAUUUGAUGGAGCUGAUUGCCCGGACACACCACGCGACGACGAACGCUCUCUUCCUACACGACCUGCCGCAAGACGAGUUCAACGCGUACGCACAAGUGUAUGACGACCUCAAGACUAAAAAUUUGUCGGCUGUAAUCGGUCCCUACAAUAAAGUGUUUGCCGCUGUCACUGACACGUUGAAGAUUUUAUACUGCGUCACUUCUAUUUCACCAGCCAAUCGCAAGUCGGCACGUGGUCUGUUUGAGGUGUUUCCGGAAGCCAAGGUGUUUGCACGGGCGGUCUCUGAUCUCACGGAAUAUUACGCCUACACUAAAAUAGCUGUCAUAUCAGAUUCACUUCCAGGCUCGGUGGUAUUUGAGAAGUUGGCACAAAAAGUGACCGUGCAGGUGACUGGAUUCAAGAUUGACAGCAACAACAUCUCGGAGAGCACGCUGCGGCUGGAGUUGAAGUCGAUGAGAGACAACUUCUACCAGGCGUUCGUUAUCGUCUGCAAUCCAGAGAACACCGACAAAGUCCUCAGGCAGGGUGUGUCAUUAAGUAUGUUUGCAAAUCCAAACAAAUGGCUCCUUGUAAACACGGGCUUGGUGAAGUAUGACCUGGACGAGUACGUCGACUCGAGAGCUAACCUCACGGUUCUCAGACUCAUGAUGGACAGUGACUCGGACAACUGUGACCUUGACCCGGCCAACGUGACGCUGCAGAGUUCAGUGCUGCAUGACGCCAUCACGCUGUCACUCAGUCUGAGUCGUGAGAUGCAGGACAAGAAAAACAGAAACAGAGAUGUUCGCAAACGAGUCAACAAGCUGAAGAUCCACGGUUGUACGGGUCUACUUGAGUUCUCGGGUCAAGGCAAGCGGAAGAAGAAAUAUCUGCAGUUGAUGACGUUACAGGCUUACCGGACAGGUCUGACGACAUCGGAUUCUCGUGUGUUGCCCUAUCAACAUCAACAGUCAAAUGGCGUCGUGUCCCCUGAAAGUGGGUGCUCGACGGGGACGUGGAGCAGUAACGAGAGCGGCCUGUACAAGCGAGUGGACCCGUCCAAGACGUACAGCAGCGUCACCAGGGCGCUCGGGGACGUAUUCGGGCACACCCCGCUACGAGUCACCACCAAAAUAGAGCCGCCAUUUGUCCAGCUGAAGAAGGACCACGAGACUCGAGUGGGUAACGACCGAUUUGAGGGCCACCUGGUGGACGUUUUAAUGGAAAUAGCGAACAUCCUCAAGUUCCAGUACAACAUCACGCAGGUCCCGGAUGGAAAGUUCGGCAGUCUGAAGUCGUACGGGUGGACGGGCAUGAUCCGGGAGCUCGUUGAUAAUAAAGCCGACAUAGCUCUAGCCCCAUUCCAGAUGUCUCCGAUCCGAUCGACUGUGGUGGACUUCACGAAGCCGUUCAUGACGAAGGGAACGACUGUGGUGAUCAAGAAGCCAGAGAAGCGCCUGUGGAUCUUCCAGUUCCUCUCGCCGCUUUCCAAGAUGGUGUGGAGCGCCAUCUUCGUCUCCUUCGUCGUCGUCAGCCUGGCGCUGUUCGGCGUCAGCCGCGUCAACCGCGACAGGAGCCGCUCCUACUCCGGCAACCUCAUCGAGAGUUUGUGGUACAUCUGGGGCACACUCCUCCGGGGAAGCCUCACUGGAGCUCCUGUGGCGAUCUCCAGUCGUGUGGUGAGCAGCGCCUGGUGGUUCUUCACACUCAUCAUCAUCUCUCUCUACACAGCCAACCUGGCAGCUUUCUUGACCAUCACCAUCUCCAAUGUUGGCAUUCACUCCGCGGCAGACCUAGCGUACCAGGAUUAUUACGACUAUGGCACUGUGGACGAUAGUCAGAUCGAGUACUUUUUUAACUACACCAAAAUGACACACUAUGCAAAGAUGUGGGCGCAUAUGUCAACGCUGAGACCUCAGUCGAUGGUGAGACGAGUUGAGAACGGGUUCGAGAGAGUCCGCCUAGGGAAGUACGCCUUCAUAUGGGAUUCGCCAACCAUCCGCCACGAGAUAUCCGCCGACUGUGACCUGAUGGAAAUAGGUCACCCGUUUGAUCUCAAGGGGUACGGAAUAGCCACAAGGAAAAACGCACCUUUUGGUGAAAAGAUCUCGUUGGCAAUACUCAAGCUGAAUGAUAAUGGUAUCAUUUACAGGCUGGAAGGAAAAUGGUGGCGCCGCCAGAACUGUCCGGACCAGCGAUCGAGCGCGGAUACGAAAUCCCUGGACUUCCAGAACGUGGCGGGCAUGUUCCUCGUGCUGCUGGCCGGCAUCAUCCUGUCGUCUGUCGUCUGCCUCUUCCAGUACUGCCUCAGGAAGAGCAGGACAAAGAAGAAAGGGACUGAAGAGAACGAUGUGAUCGACGAAGGCACCGAUGUCCGACAAACGAGAGCCAUCUACGACAACGCAAACGACUUCCAUUAUUACGGCAACGUGGCGCCUAAGCUGAAAGUUAACGAUGAUGACGACCUUUACUGACAACUCAUUAGAUCUUGUUUUUAACUAUACCUCCGCUAAACAGAUCUAUCAGUCAUGGGCCACUGUUACAAUAUGGACAUUCCAUCCUGGAGAAAAUGAUAUAAUGAUAAUGAUUCCAGUAGACCGACAUGUUCAGAAUCAGAGAGGUGCAAGGAGAAAUCGUGAAAUAAUACUAUAGCAGGUGGUUGGCAAUUAUGACAGUUUGUAAUGCGUAAUGCCUAGCUUGAUUAACAUCCAAGAGAGUAAAGAUGCUGAUUGUUAAUGUCGGUCAGUUGAAAGGGAAUAGUGUGUUGGUCUGUUAAUGUCGGUGAGUUGAAGGGGAAUAGUGUGUUGGUCUGUUAAUGUCAUCAACAAGUCAGUUCGUCAAAACUAAAUGACAAAAACAAUUAAAACGUUCAGGUUGUAUCCCUGGACAGAUCAGUCCCAAAGAUGUUUUGUGAACGUCAUGACGGUAAGCUUAACUCUGGUGCAUCAUCUAUACGAGGACAGUCACUCCACAUUACGAUGCAUCUUUUCUACAUCAUAUAUGAGGACAGCCACUCAUCCGACCGAUACAUACUCCAUAAUGUUGCCUUCAGAAGAACUGCCAAAACUGUUGAACAUACAGCUUACAAGAAGGCGGUUGGCUGAACGUGAAAGUAAAAGAACAAAACACACAUUGGUAUGCCACUGGUUACAUCUUCCGUUUUGAUAUGACCCAGGGUGAACAUUCCAUUUUAUCUUAGUCAAAAGGGAACCCUGAUACGCAUUUGAUGUAGAGGGAUAUUGCUAAGACAUACACGCCAAGCAGAGAGAGAGAGAGAGAGAGAGAGAUUAUGAAUUGUAUACCAGACAGUUUUGUGUGGGCUGUUUUAUAUCAAGCUGCAUGGGUUUAUUUUUAUAAGCGGAAGCAGCGGUGUAAACAUCAAAGGACGAUUAUUUAACGGUAAUAUUAAUUUUCGCGCAAUUGGGUCACAACUGUUGAAUUACUGAUGCGGAAUGCACUGUUUGUUUAACGAUACCUCACUAUGUUAUGUUAACUGAUGUGUGUGUGUCAGCGGAUGAAUCCUGGGAGUGUUGUAGAAUUGACGUAUAUGUGUUUGUGUAAAUCUGGAUUGCAAUAAGGGUACACGGUGAUCUAUGCACAUUUCCUGGAACAUAUAGAGGAUAUUUCAUGUGUUUGUCAAAUAUGAUUUAUAUUUCAUCUCGUGAAGUUUGCAAUCAUAUCUCACGAGUCGCGCUUGCGCGACGAGUGUGAUAUGUUUGCAAAC